CCCCUGUCCCGGACAGCGGGGCUGACCUGCACGGAAUCCCAUAUCUGGUAAGGCAGGUAGUCCGGGCUGACGCUAUCAGGGAAGCCUUGAGGCAGGAAAACGGCCUGGAGACCCGAGAGAGGUAGUAAAGCGGCCCCCGGAGACCCCUCUCCGUCCCCAUCUCGUCCUCUGGGUUUCACCGUGAAGGCGGAGAACCUCCACCAGCGCCUUUCUUCCGCUUCCCACUGCAAACUUCCGUCAGGGGUGGCGCGGCAGCCCCGUGCUGCUCCGGAGCCAAACCGCUCGGAGCACAGUGGGGUCUCAAGACGGGCCACGUCAGCCAUCUUUACCCUCCUCGUACGAAUCGGGCUGGAAGACACACCAGACUACACUUCCGGCUCGGCUACGGCGGCUGCGGAGGGGCUAUCUUCUUGCAGUAAUUGGCAGCGGGCUUCUGCAUCUCGCCUUGAACGCCGCAAGAUUGGUCUGGACCUUUUUUUAGGGGGCUGACCUAUCAUCCUCCCUCAGGACCUAGAUACAGGGCGUUUUCUUCUGAGGUGGACACUUGACUUCUUGCCUACAUCUAGCUCAGGACAAAGGGCAUACAUUCUCUGAAGACUGGGGAGAAAAAGGCAGCACCUUCAGACUUGAAGGCAGAUGGCCCAUCUUCAGGCUAAUAAGGAUCUCAUUUCUACAGGAAUGAAGGAAUUUAAUGUUCUGCUGAAUCAGCAGGUCUUUAAUGAUCCUCUUAUUUCUGAAGAAGACAUGGUGACUGUGGUGAAUGACUGGGUGAACUUAUAUGUCAACUAUUACCGGCAGCACGUGACGGGGGAGCAGCAAGAGCAAGACAGGGCUCUGCAGGAACUUCAGCAAGAGUUGAACAUUCUGGCAAAACCUUUUCUGGCUAAAUAUAAGGACAUCCUGAAGUCUUGUAAGCACCCAAAUCAUAAGCUUCCUUCCUCCUAGCCCAGAGAUCCAGGCCUUCAUCUUUAAGAAGCCCUUAAAUCCUGACUUUGUAUAUCAUGUACUAAGGAUGUGCUUCUUCAUGAUAUCUCAAUAAAUACCAAUAUUGGU